AUGGUCGGCGCCUCGUACGCCGCCGUCCCGCUAUAUCGUCGCUUCUGCCAGACUACCGGCUACGGCGGCACCACCCAACGACGCGAGAGUGUGGAGGAGAAGAUCUCACGGCAUACUCGAGACGGAACUACAACAUCGCGAGAAAUAAUUGUUCAAUUUAAUGCUGAUGUUGCUGAUGGAAUGCCGUGGAAGUUCAUCCCUACACAGAGAGAGGUCAGAGUUAAACCUGGUGAAAGUGCUCUGGCUUUUUAUACUGCUGAGAAUCGCAGUUCAGCUCCAAUUACUGGUGUGUCCACAUAUAAUGUUGCUCCUAUGAAGGCUGCGAUUUACUUCAAUAAGAUACAAUGUUUCUGCUUCGAGGAGCAAACACUUCUUCCUGGAGAACAGAUUGACAUGCCAGUAUUCUUCUAUAUCGAUCCUGAGUUUGAGACAGACCCCAAAAUGGACGGGGUGAACAAUAUUGUUCUUUCGUACACAUUCUUCAAGGUGAACGAUAGUUAG